AUGGAUCCAACACUCCUCGUCGGUGACAUUGUUGAGAGGGAUGCUUCCGAAAUCAAGAAACCCAGUUUCCCGAGUGCGCCGCCCACAACAACGGGCUUCCCGCAGCAUAAACAGCGAUGGAAGAGCUCUGCUUUCAAGCAACAGCGGGCCAAGGCAGCUGCUUUCUCAACGACAGAUGCUAUGCCGCCGAAUAACGGGAAUGGAGACCUGGACACUACGGUACAGGAUGUUCGCCAAGAUUUUGAGGGGUUCGAAAAGAAACGAAUAGACCAAGAAAACCGGCAGAGACUAGACGCCAUGUCUCCCAAAGAGAUUGCGCAGGCUCAGCAGGAUCUCAUGAAUGGGCUAAAUCCUGCUCUGGUUCAACGACUUUUACAGCGCGCACAGAUUGAUGAGCCCACAGGGCCAUCACCCUUUGAUCCGCCUCCUUCAGAGAAAUCGAUAGUAGAAGAACCGCCGACAAAGACAGAGGCAGAAUCCGAAGCCGGAGAGCAAGAGACCAAACCGGCGGCGGAAAAAAAGAGCGUCUCAUUUAAAGACGUACCAGAAGAUUUUGACGAAGACAGAGAACCUGCGCAGAUCCCAGAUGAUUUGAUGGCGGCAACAGAGCUUCGCAAGGAAUCAACACACUUUCCUGGGCCGCCCAAGGUGGCCGACCUCGACCCGUCCGAUCCCGACUUUCUCGAAAAUCUUCACAAGAAAUACUUCCCCGAUCUCCCAGCAGACCCGAGCAAGCUGGCAUGGAUGGCGCCGAUCCCAACCGAGGGCAGCGUAGCAGACAAGGAGUCUACAUACUACCCUCAUCCUGAAAUUCCGGUCGCCGCUCUUCGGUUCGAUUUCCGCGGCCGUUUCCUGUCCCCCCGAGUCAGUCGAUCGAUUCCGUCGUCCAAGGGCCUUCACCACCACGGCGAAGCCCCCGAGGCUGCAGGAUAUACUGUCAGCGAACUGGCAAGACUUGCGAGGAGCGCAGUGCCCGCGCAAAGAUGCAUGGCCUUUCAGACUCUGGGCCGCAUUCUCUUUCGCCUAGGCAAUGGCGAGUGGGGCAAAUCCAUCAACGAUCCCAUCGCCAUGGGUGUCUGGAAGGCAGCCAAGGAUGGCAGGGUCUUGGACACGCUGAAUGAGGCGGCCAUGGUGGAGAGCGGCCACAGAGGCAGCAAGGCAUAUGCAAUGGAGGCUUUGUGGCUCUUUGAGAAGGGUGGCUGGAAAGAAAAGGUUCAAGGACGAUGA